AUGGAGUCACAACCAGUCGAGGAUAUCCUCGAGGAAAACUUUCGCAAGUUUGGCCAAAUACCCCCAGACGUUCAUCUUCUCUGUCCAAAAGUCCACGAAGAUGACUUUGAGGACUAUGAUGACCUGGAAUCUCCCGGCGAGGAGAUAACGGCCCUUGAAAAGAAGGAGCGAGUGGAGGACUGGAAGAAGCGACUCGAUAUCGCUUACUGGACAAGCCUUCUGCUUGCUUAUGGAAAGGACAAGGCCGGCGUCUGGCUGGUAGAAUGGGGAAAUCGAAUGGCCAUUAAUCUUCACAAUUGCGACAAAUGCGUCUUGAAUUGGCAUAUGUACCGCAAAAAAUACCUCCGGAUCUUUUCCGAAAAAUGGCCAGAAGAUGCCGUCGCCGGUAUCGAAAAUUGUCUUCAUAGAUUCGACUUCGAUCGCAUAGAUAAGGGUCUUGAAUGGGCCAAGAAAAUCAUCGAGGAGGUGGAAGGUGCAGGACGUGUCUUCUCGAGGGCGGAUCUUGGCGAAGAUCAGGGUGCUGUCCUUCUUACUGUCUAUGAGGCUCUCUGCUGCAUGGCCUACGUCAGUGUGCCGGAGAAGAGACAGCUAUUCCAAUACGUUUUUGUCCGCCUCUCGGGCAAAAAACCUCUGAAGCUGGGCGACAAUGUGUUGCUUCCCGCAAUGACACAAUUUCUGUUUGGCGAAGACAAGACCCGGCUGCAGUUUGCCGAGAAGUCUUGGGAGCGACUGCGGCCAAAGUCAUUGACACAGGAGCAAUUUGACUGGGCCGUCCAUGACAACUUGGCGCAGGCGAUCCAGUCCGUCGCGCAACUUAAUCGAGACGCUGCUGUCAACCUCCCUGAGAUUGAACGCUUUUGGAGAGCGAUCAAUUGGAUUCUCAAGGCUCUGGAUGAAAAGCUUGUCCUGCAUGGCAUCCGCGGCAUGGAAGUCAAACCAUCACUUUACGAUCUGCUUUUCGCACAUAUGCAGUGCGAAUCAGAGGCUAUCUUGUUGCUGGUCAUCCAGGCCUUGACAGCCCUACUGCAAACAUCCCGGCAAGCCUUUUGGGAUACUAUUGGCGACGCGCGACCAUUCGUCGUCGUGGAACACGUCCUGGGAUCGCGCAUCUUCAAGCAACUCCUCGCACAAUCAUUGACAUUUGCCAUUCAGUCUUCUGACGGCACUGGCCAAGAAGAUGUGGAGUCAGUUACAACUUCGUGGAUCAACACCUGGAUUCAGUCCCUCAAUCGCAAUCAGAAAAGUGAUGCCUGUGAGCAGCUGCUUCAUCUUCUCUUCGAGCAAGUGAUACUCGACACCAGCAUAGGAGAACAGGGAAGAGCAGCUUGUAUCCGAGCUGGCUUAGAUGCCCUUGAACAUGUCCUGCGGUCAUUUCUGGACCCCUCAGUCAACGUCAUUUCCGGUACAACAUCUGUCUACAUUAACUCUAUUUUGAAUGUGACACUCAAGCACAUUGACGUUAUCAAGGAUGGGGCGCAGACGAAGAGUCAAGACCAGCACACUCUUGGCGUGCCCAAGGCUGCGAUGAGCGUCAUCAGUGCUGCCUUGGCUUUGGAUUCUCGAGUUACUGCGGAAGAGCAUUUUGAACUCCGUAAGAACGAUCAUGCAGCUAUCCAGACGGCGGUCACUCGUAACUCGGCCGAUCUGUGGGAUGGGUUUCUCGACGAUCUCUAUAGUGGCCAGUCCACUCUAGCAAAGACUAUGUUGGUGGCAAUGGCCCCCCUUAUCAAUGUUGAGAGGUUCCGCCCUCCGAGAAAAGAGCCAGAAAAGCUUGACAAGGCAAGACAGGACUUCAACGUGAGGUUCGCUAAGAUUGCGGAAGUUCUGGGAAGGGUUAUGCAGCGUCUUUGCGAGUUUACCGUGCCAGAGUUGAACCAGUUAUGCCUUGGAGGCCAUUCCAUUCGCCCCAUCAUCGCUUUCACUGUCCAUGGAGAAGACGACAUUAGUAGUGCAAGCUCUGAGCUCAUCAAAACCAUUACUGAAACCUCUUCCCGAUCGGAUGCGAUGACAGCAUUAUUGGAACGCCACCUCAGUACCACUUGUUCUUCAAUGAUUUUUGCGACGCGAAAGAUCUUGGAGCCUUCGAACUUGGCCUGGGGACCUGCACGUCACAUCAUCAACACCGCCAAAGAUGUUCUCAAAGGCCUCAGCGAUUUGUCAAACGGCAUACUCCGUUCCAGAACUCUGGAUCAGGGCGAGUCGAAUGCAGUCUCUCUAUGGUGGAUCACUCAUUGGAAGUACAUAGAGAUGGCAUUCCAAUCUACUGGGGCUUGGUCUCAUCAGGUUGAGAUACAGGUGAUGCAAGAUUUCUGUCGAGACGUUAUCGAACUUGCAGACGCUAUGUUAGCACAGGAUGGCCUGUUUGCUUCGGCUCUGCGAGAAGGUCCAGUCCAGCCAUCAGGCAAAGAACUGACCAAAAUGCAAAUGCUCCUUAAGGAGCCACAGCGUCAUUUGAAUGGCAUAGUUCGGAUGUUGCGGCUGAGGGACUUGUAUUUAGUCGAGGUAACAGUCAAAGUUGUUGCCAAGCUUCUCAACAGACUCCGCGAGAACGACCUCGAGAUUCCGACCGAACCAAAGGCUUUCGUCCAAGACUCCUGCAUCAAGGCUGCAAACGGCAGGUACCCUAUAAGUACCAACCUCAGUGACCAGCAGCGAGCGGAGCUGCUCAAGGCUUUGGGAGAAGAUGACGAUGUCGAAAUCAUUCAAAUCAGUGCAGCUCCCAAGUCAGAGAAGCCGAAGAAGCAGAGCUCCCUUGAUGCGUGGUCGAAAUCUGGAGCAUUUACACCUCAGAGCAAUCGAACAAACAAGGAUGAUGUUCUUGAGCUCAGCAGCUCAGUCGAUAAGAACCGCUCAAUUCUGGACAGAAUGGCCGCUCGCCAAAAACCCCAGCCAAGUGUUCCUAGGCCAACGUUGACUGCACUGAAAUCUAGGCCUGACCCCGCUGUAUCCCUAGCAUCGAAGAAUGCUCUCAUUGAGUCGAGGAAGAAGGCUAAGGCGGAAAAAGCUAAGAGAGACGCCGAAAUGAUUGCCAAGGCAAAGGCUCUCCGAGGCCCACUCGUAGCUGGCGAGGGAUCGGGGUUGAAGGGCCUUGGUGGUGUCGUUGGAAAAGAACAUACCCCACAGAAAAGCCAGAUUUUGGUCGACAGCGAUGAGGAAGACGAAGAUGAUUCUGAUGAUGAGGAUCUUGACAAUCUCAUCAACAAGGGACAACAAGGCAAGAAGGCUGUUGAUGAAGCUACCAGACGUCGCGAGCGGGCAUUGCUUGAAAAGACUCGCGGUCCGGUCAAGAAGGUAAAGGUGCAACGCUCAGCCAAAGACAUGCGUGCUCGUUUGAUCCCACCUAUGGAUCAGCUACACCAGGCUAUUUUGGAGUGGGAUAUUUUCCAUGAGGGUAACGACCCUCCAUCUACGUCUGGGUCGAUUGCUUGCACGCGAGUCGCCGACUCUUAUGCUCACCCUCAGGAGUAUAAGCAGACUUUCUUAGGUCUCCUAAUCUCCGAAGCUUGGCGAUCAUUUGCGACUGCAAAAGAUGAGACGACAUCCAAAACAUAUGGGCUGAAGAUCGCCUCACGCAUGAGCGUUGAUAAAUUUCUUGAAGUAACAGCUAGUGUCCCUAUUGCGGAGAACAAGGAGAGGAUGCUGUCAGAAGGAGACAUUAUCCUUCUGUCGAAGGGCUCCAACCCUCUAACUGAUAGUUCUGAUGCCCAUGCCCUGGCGAGAAUCUGGAAAACCAGCUAUAAAAAGGACAGACUUGAAGUGACAUAUCGCCUGAACAGCAAGAAUAACCCCUUGCUAGCGGCGAAUGCUCUAGGUGUUGGGUCUGAACUCCAGGCUGUCAAAAUCACCAACAUGACGACCAUAGAGAGAGAGUACGCAGCCCUAGAGAGUCUGCAGUAUUACGACCUUAUGCUCGAAGUCUUGAGAGCCGAGCCAUCACCUAUCUUGAAGUAUAGCGACGAGGCCGUCGAAAGCGUGAUGCAGAACUACCAGCUUAAUACUGGUCAGGCUAAGGCUAUCCUUGGCGCGAAGGACAAUGACGGCUUUACUCUCAUCCAGGGACCUCCGGGAACAGGCAAGACAAAGACAAUCGUGGCCAUGGUAGGCUCGUUGCUCACUGGCAACAUCCAGCCUUUAGGAACAGCCAUCAAACCUAAGCUUCCUGGCCAAGCCAACCAAAACGCUAUGCCCAAGAAGCUUUUGGUGUGCGCGCCGAGUAACGCUGCAGUCGAUGAGCUCGUGUUGCGUCUGAAGCAGGGUGUGAAGACAAUGACGGGAUCAUUCCACAAGAUCAAUGUUCUUCGUUUGGGUAGAAGUGAUGCUAUUAAUGCAGCAGUUCGAGACGUUACUCUCGACGAGCUUGUCAAAAAACGGCUGGAAGGAGACAACACUGGCAACAAAGCCAAGGAAGAACGCGACAAGAUGCACAACGAUGCUGCCAAGAUCAGAGACGAGCUUGCAGUUCUCCGACCUCGGCUAGAUGAGGCUCGAGCAAACGGUGACCGUAAUCUAUCGCAAGCAUUGCAAAGAUCAGUUGACCAGUUGAGACGUGCUCAAAUUAAUAUCGGUGCGAAGAUCGAUGAGGACAAGGCGAGCGGUAACACGGCGACUCGCGAAGCCGAAAUUCGUCGUCGUCAGAUUCAACAGGAGAUAUUGGAUGGAGCACAGGUACUUUGCGCCACACUGAGUGGUAGUGGCCACGAAAUGUUCAAGAACUUGAACGUUGAGUUCGAGACAGUCAUCAUCGACGAGGCCGCGCAGUGUGUGGAACUCAGCGCUUUGAUUCCGCUCAAGUACGGCUGCACCAAAUGUAUUCUUGUUGGUGAUCCGAAGCAAUUGCCGCCAACGGUUCUCUCUCAAUCCGCUGCCAGGUUCGGUUAUGACCAAAGUUUGUUCGUUCGAAUGCAGCGCAACCAUCCCGAUUUUAUCCACAUGCUCGAUCGACAGUACCGUAUGCACCCAGAGAUCAGCAAGUUCCCUAGUUCGGAGUUCUAUGAAGGCAAACUCGUUGACGGAGACGAUAUGAGUGACCUUCGUCGCCAGCCAUGGCACGCCAGCGCUCUCCUCGGCCCUUACCGUUUCUUCGAUGUUGAGGGUUCCCAGGAAAAGGGCAACAAGGGCCGUUCUUUGGUCAACCAUGCGGAACUGAAAGUUGCUAUGCAACUAUACGAAAGGUUCCGGGCGGACUUUGGAAGGCAGACGGAUAUUCGUGGCAAAAUCGGCAUCAUCACUCCUUAUAAGGCCCAGCUGCAAGAGCUCCGGUACCAAUUUGGACGUCAAUAUGGAGAAGGUAUCACUGAUGAGAUCGAAUUCAACACAACUGAUGCCUUCCAAGGUCGAGAGUGUGAAAUCAUCAUCUUUUCUUGUGUUCGAGCCAGUCCAACCGGCGGUAUUGGUUUCAUGCAAGAUAUCAGACGUAUGAACGUCGGUCUGACGCGUGCAAAGUCAUCACUCUGGAUUUUGGGAGAUUCGAGGGCGCUCGUCCAAGGAGAAUUUUGGAGCAAGCUCAUCGAGAAUGCAAGAGAAAGAAACCUCUACACCAAGGGAGAUAUUCUAUCGAUGCUCCGCAAACCAAGCUCAAUGCAGCCACUACCUGCCCCAGCGAAGCCCGCACUUCCAAGCGACUCUACAUCUAGAGGCGCUGAUUCCAAAGCUCAGCAAACUCCUAGCAAAGGAACUGGAAUGAAAGAUUCGGCGCCAUUGCCUCCCUAUGCCCGAAAUGGAGUUGCGCCUCCACAACAGCAGCUUCCGGCCAACAACGCCGUCACCGAACGCCGUCCAGGAUCUUGGGAAGGUGGUAAUCGCAUUGAGCGAAUCAACGAGAGAGGCGAAGCACAGCCCGUUAUCUCCCGGAACUCAGACCGACCUCCCAUUAUCCAAUCAUCUGCACCAAAGCCGGAAUCUAAAAAGAGGCCAUCGGAUGUUAACGAUGCACAGCGUGUGCCAAAGAGGAUGACAACGGAGCAGAAUCGGCCUUCUGGCAGGCAACCACCGACCGGGCCAAAGGCAAUGAAUAGCACACCGAAGGAACCGAGACAGGCGAAGGAUCCUUCUGCUAUGGUAGCUCUCGGUCUGACACCAGCUGCACGACCGCCAGCGCCGACGGAAUCGAAUCUGAACAUGCCCUCUUCGAGUUCGUCAACGGUCCCCAACCGCAACUUGCCACCGAGAGUAAGAAAAGAAACGCCUCAUGGUUCUUUGGCACCGCUAACUUUUAGGUAG